AUGGAGGAAGGUGCUAAUGUCCAAUGACCACCAAUGUUAGGCAGACCAAACUAUAAUUUCUGGAAGGGGCGCAUGAGAGCUUUUUUAAAGUCUCGAGGUGGCAGAGUAUGGAUAAGCAUUGAAACCGGGUGGGCAGAACCCACUGAGACCAACGCAGAAGGAGAAAAGGUGGCUAAAACAUUUGAAAAAUACACAAAGGAAGAAGCAUACCUGGCUGAAUGCAAUGACAGAGCCCUUAAUGCACUAUUUGGGGCAGUUGACAGUACACAGUACCAACUUAUUUUGAACUGCACUGAAGCAAAAAAGGCUUGGGGGAUCUUUGAAACUACUCACGAAGGAGAUGAACGAGUAAAAACUGCCAAGCUAAAGAUUCUCAUGACCAAAUAUGAGAAUCUGCACAUGGAUGAUAAAGAAAAAAUAGCAGAAUUUCAUGGAAGAGUGAGAGAACUUGCAAAUGAGGCUGAAAAUCUGAAAAGGCCCUUUACUGAAGAUAGCCUAGUGUUGAAGGUACUGAGAGCAUUGCCAGAGCGUUACGCAAUGGAUGCCAAAGCAAUUCGCCAAGCACAUGACAUAAAGAAUAUGACACUGGAUCAACUUAUGGGAAAUCUUGAGACCAUUGAGCUCCAAAUGAACGAAGAAAUUAAACAAAAGAAGAGUGUCAAACAAAUUGCAUUUCACAGCCAUGCUACCGAAGAGGAGGAUGAUGAUGAGAUUCCGUUAGAUGGGGAUUCUCGGGAGCAAUUUUCUCUCAUCACCGAGCAGUUCAAGAAGCAAUGGAUGCAAAAGAAAGGAAGAACAAAUUAUCAAGCUGAAUCCUCAAAGGGAAUUCAAUUUAAGAAUCCAAGGCCAAAGGAGAGACCAACUUGUGACACUUCAAGAAAAGUGGACAAAUUGGUUCUUGUAAACAAGGAAAAUAUGCUGGAGGAAGAAGUGGACAGUCUUUGUAGAAAACCCGAUGAAACCUUGCUACAGCUGGAACAGGUUGAAGGGGAAAAGGCAAAUCUGAACUAUGAGCUCACUCAGCUGAAGAGCUAUCAAAGGUGGAUGAAGAGUGCAGGUGCAAAACAGAUUGAGAAACUGGUAGACAAGUCAAGGUUUUAUGGAGACAGAACAUGCAUUGGACAUAUAACACUAGAAAGUAGUAAAACUGUAACACCCUAAUCCGUCCAGGUCUGCAUCCCCUUUCGGACUAAAGUAUUAACUUGGUAAUCGUAAAAAUUUAAAACAUUUCAAACAUUUUUAUUUAUAAAUAAUAAUAUUCCAUACAUAAUUGUAGAAAAUACGGAGUGUUUAAUAAUAAUAAUGCGGAAGCGACUUU